CGGCUGCUCUGGUGACGUGUCUCUAGCUGUGCUCUCUCUUCUUCUUACGGAGCGGCUGAUGGAGCCACAUUGACUCCACUCAACACUUAAACCGAUACCACACACACGGCAGGAGUCGGCCUUAGGACACCAUGGGAAUUAAAUUUUUGGAGGUCAUCAAGCCGUUCUGUGCAGUCCUGCCAGAAAUCCAGAAACCUGAAAGAAAGAUUCAGUUUAGGGAAAAGGUACUAUGGACUGCCAUCACACUAUUCAUCUUUCUGGUGUGCUGCCAGAUUCCGCUAUUUGGCAUCAUGUCGUCAGAUUCAGCAGAUCCCUUCUACUGGAUGAGAGUAAUUCUGGCUUCCAACAGAGGUACUCUGAUGGAGCUGGGUAUCUCACCCAUUGUCACCUCAGGCCUCAUUAUGCAGCUGCUGGCAGGUGCCAAGAUCAUUGAGGUGGGAGAUACUCCCAAAGACAGAGCCCUCUUCAAUGGAGCACAGAAAUUGUUUGGAAUGAUCAUUACCAUCGGACAGGCCAUUGUAUACGUUAUGACUGGCAUGUAUGGAGACCCCUCAGAGAUGGGUGCUGGGAUAUGUUUGCUGAUCAUCAUCCAGCUCUUUGUUGCUGGUCUGAUUGUCUUGCUGCUGGAUGAACUGCUGCAGAAAGGCUACGGUUUGGGUUCUGGUAUCUCUCUCUUUAUUGCAACCAACAUUUGUGAGACAAUCGUUUGGAAAGCCUUCAGCCCCACCACUGUGAACACAGGCAGAGGAACUGAGUUUGAGGGAGCCAUCAUUGCUCUCUUCCAUCUGCUGGCUACCCGCACAGACAAAGUGCGUGCUCUGAGAGAAGCCUUCUACAGGCAGAACCUGCCUAACCUCAUGAACCUCAUUGCCACAGUCUUUGUGUUUGCAGUAGUCAUAUAUUUCCAGGGCUUCAGAGUGGACCUGCCCAUCAAAUCAGCACGCUACCGUGGUCAGUACAACACCUACCCCAUCAAACUGUUCUACACCUCCAACAUCCCCAUCAUCCUGCAGUCUGCGCUGGUCUCCAAUCUUUACGUCAUUUCCCAGAUGCUUUCAACACGUUUUAGCGGCAACUUCUUGGUCAACCUCCUGGGAACCUGGUCUGACACCUCCAGUGGUGGACCAGCUCGUGCCUACCCAGUGGGGGGUCUCUGCUACUACCUUUCGCCUCCAGAGUCAUUUAGUUCUGUUUUGGAUGACCCAGUUCACGCUGUGAUCUACAUUGUCUUCAUGCUCGGCUCUUGUGCCUUCUUCUCAAAGACCUGGAUUGAGGUGUCAGGAUCUUCUGCCAAAGACGUGGCGAAGCAGCUGAAGGAGCAGCAGAUGGUGAUGAGAGGACACAGGGAGACCUCCAUGGUGCAUGAACUUAACAGGUACAUCCCCACAGCUGCUGCCUUCGGUGGCCUCUGUAUAGGAGGGCUGUCUGUCAUGGCUGAUUUCUUGGGUGCCAUUGGUUCAGGAACAGGAAUCCUCUUGGCUGUGACCAUCAUCUAUCAGUACUUUGAGAUCUUUGUGAAGGAGCAGAGCGAAGUGGGCAGCAUGGGAGCACUGCUUUUCUAGAAAAUACCAGCCAUCAGACACAAGACAUCCACCCCAUAUAAGUUGUUUUAUUUAGCAUUUUUUUUUAAAUGCACACAAUCAGUACAUUUUGCAGCUGGGAUAGAUGUUUGUUUUUUUUUUUUAAAUUUUCUCUGCCACUUCUUUUUUCCACCACAACUCUCGUGCAUCACUGCACAGGCAGCCAUUUUGGAUACUCCCAGGGUUGAGCAUAGUAUUGUGUCUAUAAGUCCUUUUAUUCCAAUGCAUAUUCCCCAUCUCUUCAGGCUGCCUAAGUCUCCACUGACUGUCUUAUCAGAUGAAUGCCUAAAGCACUUAAGUGUGAGGUGUUGUCUUUGACUUAAUGCACCUCAGGCAUUAUUCAGAGAAAAUAUACAAGGAACACUAAGACAGUGACUAUAUGUUAGCAUUGAUUUCAAGCUGAAAGCACUGUGCCUGGACAAUUCAGGAGAGUUUCAAGAAGGUUUAUGUUCGUCACGGGUAGUAAUCAUGCUUGAGGUUUCUAGUGGCCUAUAGCAGGUAUGAAAAGUAUGAAUAAAAUAUGCUUGUCCUCCUGAUAAAGUUUCUGGUCAUGUCAGACCAGCUGACGGUGGUUUUCAUUUACCUUUGCUCUGAUAUUUUAAAAUGGACUGUUUAUAUCCACUCUGGUCUUAUACAGGGCACAGUGCUUGUCCUCUGUCUCUGGGUCCUAAAGGAAAAGUGUUUGUGUCGUCAUGCUCUUUUACUCCAAACUGAAUCGCUGCACAAAACUGCCGAGAUGGUUGGGAUUAGGGUGGGUUUGAUAGGGGAAAAAGGGGGUGUCAUUGGUUUUUACUUUAUGUAACAAUACAUAACUGUUAUUAAAAAAAACAGGAUUUUUUCCAACACA